AUGAAGCAAGGCCUGGAGUUCUGCUGCCACCAAGAAAACUGUACGGAGAAGCCCGCCUUGUGCACGCACAGGGCCCGUGAGCCUGGGGGCCCUGCCCACCUGAGCGGCUCUGUCCUCUUCACCCACAGGCUGCGCAGCCCCUGGGUGCCCUCAUGCCUCGGGCAGCCCCACGUCCUGCAGGGCCGGCUGGCCAGGUCCUCGCCCUCGAUCUGGGACAGCGCGCUGCAGGAGCAGAAGGGCGAGCUGCGCAAGCGGCUGUCCUACACCACGCACAAGCUGGAGAAGCUGGAGACCGAGUUCGACUCCACGCGCCACUACCUGGAGAUCGAGCUGCGCCGUGCGCAGGAGGAGCUGGAGAAGGUCACGGAGAAGCUACGCAGAAUCCAGAGCAACUACCUGGCCCUGCAGAGGAUCAACCAGGAGCUGGAAGACAAGCUGUACCGGAUGGGCCAGCACUAUGAAGAGGAGAAGCGUGCCCUGAGCCACGAGAUUGUGGCCCUCAACAGCCACCUGCUGGAGGCCAAGGUGACCAUCGACAAGCUGUCCGAGGACAACGAGCUCUAUAGGAAGGACUGCAAUCUAGCGGCCCAGCUGCUGCAGUGCAGCCAGACCUUCGGCAGGGUCCAUAAGGUAUCUGAGCUGCCCUCCGGCUUCCAGGAGCGUGUGAGCCUGCACAUGGAGAGGCACGGCUGUAGCCUGCCCUCGUCCCUCUGCCACCCGGCCUAUGCCGACAGCGUGCCCACCUGCGUCAUCGCCAAGGUGCUGGAGAAGCCUGACCCCACCAGCCUGUCCUCUCGCCUGUCCGACGCCUCGGCUCGCGAGCUGGCCUUCCGCGACGGGCUGGAGAAGCCCGGCCUGCGGGCCCCAUACAAGGGGGACAUCUACUGCAGCGACACGGCCCUCUACUGCCCCGAGGACCGGCGGCACGAUCGGCGGCCCAGCGUGGACCCGCCCGUGACCGACGUGGGCUUCCUGCGGGCCCAGAACUCCACCGACAGCGCAGCCGAGGAGGAGGAGGAGGAGGCCUCGGCCUUCCCUGCCGGCUUCCGGCACGACGCCUUCCCGGGCUACGCGGGCUCGCUGCCCACGUCCAGCUCCUAUUCCAGCUUCAGCGCCACGUCGGAGGAGCGGGAGCAGGCCCAGGCCAGCACGCUCACCGCCUCCCAGCAGGCCAUCUACCUGAACAGCCGUGACGAGCUCUUCGACCGCAAGCCACCCACCACCGCCGCCUACGAGGGCAGCCCGCGCUUCGCCAAGGCCACGGCCGCGGUGGCCGCUCCGCUCGAGGCCGAAGUGGCCCCGGCCUUCUCGCGGACCGUGUCUCCCUACCCCGCGGAGCCCUUCCGCUUCCCGAGCUCCCCGAGCCCCCAGCAGGCCCUGAUGCCCCCCAACCUGUGGAGCCUUCAGGCCAAGCCGGGGUCGGCCCGGCUGUCCAGGGAGGACAUGCGGGGCCAGUGGCGCCCCCUGAGCGUGGAGGACAUGGGGCCCUACUCCUACCCAACCAGCACCGCCGGCCGCGUCUCGCCCUGCAGCUUCUCUGAACGCUUCUAUGGCAGCAGCGGCAGCAGCCCGGGCAAGAAGGCCGAUGGCCGCGCCAGCCCGCUGUACGCCAGCUACAAGGCGGACAGCUUCUCAGAGGCGGACGACCUCUCCCAGGGCCACCUUGCCGAGCCCUGCUUCCUACGGGCCGGUGGCGACCGCAGCCUGAGCCCUGGCCGCUCGGCCGACCCGCUGCCCAGCUACGCGCCCAGCGAGGGAGACGGGGUGCAGCUGUGCGGGGCGGGCGGCAGCCCCGAGCCCCAGCCGGAGCGCUGCCAGGGCUACGGCAGCGAGCACAGCCUCCAUAGCUCCCGGGACUCCCUGGCGCCCAGCUCCAUGGAGGCCUCGCCCGAGGUGCGCCCGGCCGCCCUGCUCAGCCCUCAGCAGGCCUUCCCCAGGACUGGCAGCGCCGGGCUGAGCCGCAAGGACAGCCUCACCAAGGCCCAGCUCUACGGAACCCUGCUCAACUGACCGCCUGCCGCCACCGCCCUGGCCACAGGCCGGCCCACCGGGAGCGACCGGGCAGGGGAGGCAGCCUCGUGUGUCCCAGACACGGUGGCCACAGGCCAGCCCACCUGGAUCCCUUAGGGGAGGCAGCCCCAUGUGUGUGCCCAAAAACCACCACCAGGGCCAGCCCACCUGGUACCUACCAGGCAGGGAGGUAGCCUCCCGUGUGCCCCAGACCACGGCCACGGCCCUGCCCGCCCCAGCCCUGCCCACCAGGGUACCCAAGACGAGAGGCAGCCUCACCUCCGCGAGACACUCAGACACCCAAGCCCUGAACAAGGAGCCCCAAGAGGUGGGCUUCCCCUUUACCCACCCUCCUCCCCACCCAGCCCAGUAAGACCCCUUGGAGGAGGGUCCUCAGCCCAGCCCCCCGGCCCUCCUAACCGGCUCCCCCACUGUCCCCAUUGGACAGAGUGUCUACUCACAAUAUUUUUCAAACCCCCGUCCCCACCCCGUCCGAGAUGAGCACCCACUUUUUUAAAGCGAAACUAUUUUUAUAGAGAAAAGGGGUCUUUCUUAGUGCACUUGGCCUUUCCAGCUCCAAGCUCCUUAGUUUCCGGGCCGGGUCAGCGGGGCCCCCCAGAGACCAAGCUCCAAGCAGGGGCAAUGCCCAGCCAGCUGGUGGCCAUGGGUCCAUGAGGCUUUGUCCACAGAGGGGAGUCAGAGGGAGGGGGCAGGGAGGUGUUUUUAGAGUCUAUUUUUCACAGUGGCCGACAUGCCCCCCAUCCACUCCAUGAGCGCUUCCGGGGUGCCCAGUUCCCCGUGGGGCCGGGAAGGUGUCCGCUGCGGCUGGUGCUCCUCCCUCCUGCCACCGUCCUGCUCCCCGCGCCACCUCACUCUACCUCAGACGUGACGAGGCUCCUGCCCCGCUCCCCCCACCCCACCCCCUCCGCUUGCUCCCACAUUGUCUGUGACGCAUGCCCUGUCUCAGCCAGUCCUGCCGUUGUCGGCACCCUCUAAUAAAGACG